UGUUCUGUUUUACAUGCAAGCACGGUGUAAGCUAGCAGCGUGUAUCAGGUUGUGCUAAUGCAUUGCUUUUGCUUACAGACUGAUCAUUUUCAAAUAACCAAUAAAUAAAGAAACGCUCUAAACGCUGGCUGCAAUUGUCGUCAUCACAGUUUUUUUCAUUAUUUACAAGAAUUUUUAAGUUCAAGACGAUACACUUUUUCAAAAGUUGUUGUCGUGCUUUAGAGGUAAAGUUUAUUUUAAAAUCCAGUCAUAUAAAUUGCGUUUUUGAUGAAUGUUUGUACUCUAUUUAACUUUUUUCUCUUUUAGAAUUAAAAUCACCGACUUAGUCAAAAUGAAUCCAUCAAACACUUCCAUUUAUACGGUCGUAAUCAUAGGAAAUGGUCCAUCAGGAAUAUCACUUUCUCAUCUUUUAUCUGGAAACUUGCCUUACUAUAAGGGACAAAAUAUAGGAAGCAAUCAUUCUACUUCCACUUUGCUACAUGAGAAGUGUCAGGAAAGCAGUGAAUUUUCUAUUGUAGAACAGGAUCUUCAAUAUUUGAGUGAAGGGUUAGAAGGACGUUCUCAAAAUCCUGUAGCAUUAUUAUUUGAUCACCUCAACCAACCACAGGCGGAUAUUGGAAUGCAUGAAGAAUCUUUGCUGACUUGGCGCCUGUGCAGCGAUAAGCAUGUAGAUCAUCUUGUUAUUGGUCAAGGACUUCCUGGUGGAAGUUGGCAUUCUAUGGAAGGUUCCCAGCUCACUGUCAGCCUUAACAACUGGCUUGACUUACCUGGUUGGUCAUUUCAGGAAUGGCUUGUUGAACAUCGCAAAGAGAUAAAGCAAACAUCAUCAUGCUGUCCCUUAGCUACAAAAGGUGUUGUUGGUGAAGGAAAUAUGUAUGAUCGUGCUUCUACUGAACAUAUUGCCAAAUACUAUGAACGCUAUGUCACGCAUCAAAAUUUAGAAAAGAACUUUGUAGACAAUGUGAAAAUCAAGUCGAUAAAACAAAAGAAUGGAAUAUGGGAAGUUAGUGGUUACAAUAAAGUGAAGAGUAAGUUUGCUUGCAAGAAACCUUUUUGUGUUUAUGCUCAAAAUGUUGUACUUGCCAGUGGAUUGUCCAAACCAAAAAAACUUGGGAUCAACGGUGAGGGAUUGCCCUUUGUGCACCAUAAGGUUAGAAAGGUUUUCCAAAUCACCAAGUCAAAGGGUAAACUUCAAAAUAAGUUCAAGAACCCUGUAUUGAUUGUGGGAGAUGGUCUAAGUGCUGCGGAUGCUGUACUUGAACUUGUUGCCAAUGAUGUGCCAGUAAUUCAUGUGCUCAAGCAUGACUUAAAUGAUGAAGAGCUGGUGCUUAACAAAAUGCCAACGCAGGUCUAUCAUGAUUAUGCCAAAGUUAAAGAUAUGAUGACAAAGCCAGUGCUUGCAGCUGAUGGCAGUUGUCUCUAUCAUGCAUAUUUUAAAACAAUAUUGACUUCCAUCAGUAAACAUGGAGAAUGUAAGCUUAAAACGCCAGAUGAAAAAACCAUGACCAUCUUUGCUUCUGCAGUUUUUAUAUUGAUUGGCUCUAAACCUGAUUUAUCAUUCUUACAAAAUACACCCCCACUUGGAAUUGACCCUUCAAAAGAUGUUGACUGCCGUCACAAUCCCAUGAACAUAAACCCUUACACAUAUGAAUGUAGGAAAGUGAAGAACUUGUUUGCCCUGGGACCGCUGGUCGGUGAUAACUUUGUUCGGUUUGGAAUCGGAGGAUCAUUGGGCAUUGCUAGUCAUUUGUUUAAGUUAAUGAAAUGAUGAACAGAAUGUGGGUAUAUAAAAAUAGUUAAUUUCCCUUUGUUAAUAUACCUUAGCUUUCUAAGUUGAUGAAAAAUACCAGUUUGUUUAUUUAUGUUAAUAUUUAUGGUCAACCUCUGAUGAAUAAAGAAUUUCUGGAAAUUUUCA